GGUCACUGACCCAGCCCGGCUGCCCCAGGAGCCCCGCGCAGGGCCCCGCUGGGAUGGGCGCACCCGGGGGAAGCCCACUGAAGUCACGGGGGGUUGCAGGAGGCUUCCGCGGGGCCGGGAUUUCACCCCGGGCCCUUGUCCCCGCCGCCGGGGAAGCUGGCUCCGCACUGCUGGCUUGCAGCCGUCAGGCUCCCGCCGCCAAGGAGGAGCCGCCCCACGGCGGACGGGCUCCGAGCGGGCCGCAGUCCUCGGAGUCUCCAGCCGCGGAGCGGUCCCGCUCGCUCGGCCCACCUGUAUCCGGGUCUCGGCAGCUCCUGGGCGGCCCCCUGCGCUGCGCCCGCCCCCUCCGUCCUCCCAGGCGGAGCCGCGUCUCCUCUCCGAGCCGGAGCCCCGCUGCCCGAUAAACAGAAAUGUCUCACUCUGAAAACAAAGGGCUGAUUUUGGGCAUAAUGGCAGGGGCUGCAGGAAUAAGCUUGGUACUGGUUUGGUAUCACAAGAUCCGAAAACCUGGGGCAACUGCAUUACUAGAUUUACGCAACAGAUUUCAUUAUGUAGAUUUUCAAAAUGAAAUGCAUAACGAGCAAGGAACAGUGAUGGCUUUACAAAGAAGACAGCUUCAGAUACUGGAAAAAUUGAAUGGCUUACUAUUGAAUAUGGAAGAACUGAAGAGAGAGGUGAAGUUUCUUAAAGAAGCUGUUCCAAAGCUGGAAGAGCUUGUUCGAGAUGAGCUUCAAGGGAAGGCUGAUGUUCGUCGGAUUAGCCCUUCACACAGAGCCACCAGAAAAAGAAGAGCUGAGACAUCUUAUGGAGCAACAGAAACUACCAGUUCUGAGGAGGCAGAUAGUGAAGGCGGCUAUAUUACAGCUCACACUGAUACUGAAGGAGAAUCCAAAGAAGAAAGGCGAUGGAUUAGUUUACCUGCAGAAUCUGCGAGACCAGAAAAGGAAACAGAAUUAUUUAAUCUUCUGCAGCAGGUGGACAGUUUGCGUUGUGGUUCAGAUGAUGAUAAAAAGGAGAGCUUCAGACUGUUACUUGAGAAAGAGGAAAAGUAUGGAAACCAUGAAGGGUUUCUUUGGAGACUUGCACGAGCUUAUGGAGAUAUGUUUGAGAUGACUACAGAUAUUGAAGAAAAGAAGAAAUAUGUUGCUAAUGGAAAAAUUGUAGCUGAAAAAGCUAUUCAGCUGGAUACCAUGAGCGCUGACAGCCACCAAUGGUUUGCAAUUAUGUGUGGCUAUAUGUCUGAGUUUGACAGUAUACAAAACAAAAUCAAGAAUGGCUGUCUCUUUAAGGAGCAUCUAGAUAAAGCAAUUGAACUUAAGCCUCAAGAUCCCUUUUUAUAUUACCUAAAUGGAAGAUGGUGCUAUUCAGUAGCACAGUUGUCUUGGAUUGAGAAGAAAGUAGCUGCUACUCUUUUUGGGACUCCACCAACUUCAACAGUACAGGAAGCUUUGCAGAAUUUCCUUAAGGCUGAAGAAAUGCAUCCUGGAUAUUCCAAAUACAAUUAUGUGUUUUUGGCAAAGUGCUACAAAGAUCUUGGCCAUAGAAGCAAUGCACUGAAAUACUGUGAUUUUGCAUCAUCAGUGUUACCAGUUACCAAUGAGGAUAAAGAAGCCCAGAAAGAUUUAGAAGCUUUACUUCUAACGUUGCAGCUGUGACGAAAAGCACUUUUAGCUCUUCAUGCCGUGAUGAUAUUGUAGAAGAACCAUAGAGAAUAGUCCCUGGGAGUCUGAUCCAAAGCUCAUGGAAGCAAGUGGAAAGACUGCCUUUGACUUCAGUCAUUUUUGGAUCAGGCCCUGUAAGUGGAUGGCAAUUGGGAUAUGAAAUUGAUGCAUUCUAUCUUUUUGAUUCAUAGCUUUAUUUUUAAUUUUUGGAUCUACGGUUUGUUUUAAAUUAUUCUUGCUUAUAAUCUCUCAUUAUAAAGUCCACUGCUGGCAAUGGACACCACAUAGGUGAGAACACCAAAUGCAUUAACUGUAUUCUUGGAAUGAUUAAUCAACUAAACUGCAAUGCUAGCACAGAAUUAUAUGGAGCAAUUUCUUUGUUUCUACAUUAAAUUAUGUUUCUACGAAUUUAUCUAUAUAAAUGUAUAUGAAGGUACAUCAUAAACCUAUGUAUGUGUGUUCCUCUGCUUUUACUCACAAGAAAUGUGUAAGACUGAUGGAAGUUAAGGAAAAAGGGAUAGUCUUAAAAAAAACUAUUUUGACUUUAGCCUAUUUUUAAUUUUAGAUGGAAGUGUGAACACUUUAUAAAUCAUGUUUUAAAGUCAUAUUUUAUGUUACUUGAAGGGAAAAUAUUAAAAAUUGGACCAAUGAAAUGAAAUAUUGUGGUUAAAUCUGUUAGAAGUGUGAUACUUGAGCCCCACCAGGUAGAUGAAUCCUGGUCAUUUGUCUUUGAAUAAUAAAUAGCCUGUUGCGGUAUUGUCAGUCUGGCUUUGAGAGCCCCUUCCCCCAUGUGUAACAUUUGUUGAUCUUUCAUGUCAUUUGUGUAAUGUGGCUUAUGUAUACAUAUGUAAUAACUGAGACCUGUUUCUUCUGCUUAAUCAAACCAAGAGUUUAUGGAACAGUAGGAGUUUAAAUGUUAGAGGAAAGGCAGAGAAAUCGUUUUGUUUGCUCAGGGCCUGAUCCAAAACCCACUGAAGUCAGUGAAAAAACUCCGACUGCCCUUAAUGAAUUAUGGGUCAUGAUCUUAAUCUGGAUUAAAGUAUGUGGCCAGAACAAGAAAAUGUUCCCAUAAAUGAAACAUAAAAACAGGUGAAUAUAUAAGCAAGAGCCAGUGAAUAUAUGAGCAAGAGCAAGCAUCAUUUCAGACAAAGGGCCAUAUAUUUUCCUUUAUGUUUAAAACAUCCAGGAGAGGAGCACUCACUUCCCUAGUUUCAUGCAAUGUUGUUAUAGCCAUGUUGGUCCGAGGAUAUCAGAGAGACAAGGUGGGUGAGGUAACAUUUUUUAUUGGACCAACUUCUGUUGGUGAAAGACCUGAAGGAGAGCUCUGUGUAUCUCAAAAGCUUGUCUCUUUCACCAGCAGAAGUUCGACCAGUGAAAGGUAUUUCCUCACCCACCUUGGUUCCCUAGUUUCAUCACCUUUAGGGAACUACUGAUUGACUUCAUUAACUUCUUGGAACCUUUAGGCAGCGUGGAAGAGACCGAGCUACUACCAAUAUAUAGCUGUGACCUCUGCUUAUCAUGCUGACUAGUAUUAUUGUUUUCUUAUGCUCUCCCAAUCUGCUUGAAUCUCUGUCUCUUUUCUUAUGCUUAGAUUGUAAGCUCUCUGGGACAAUGAUUUUUUUGUACCGUGUUGUAUAGGGCUAAGUGCAGUGCUUUACUGCAAUAAAAGUAAUACUCUCAGAUAUUGCUUGCUGAUCUCCAUCCUAGUCAUGGAUCAGGAUUACAUUGCAGCAGGCACGUACAUUCAUAUAGUAAGAGACAGUCCCUGCCUCAAAGAGCUUACAGUCUCAAUCAUGUUUUGUAAUAUUAAUUUAGUAGGUCGUAUAUCAACAGUAAGUAUGUCAUAAUGAAAAUUUUACAUUUAGAGAGCUACCAUCUUUCAUUCUGCAGAAUCCCAAAGUUCUUUACCAAGCUUCACUAAAUUCGCUAAACCACCAUCUCUCAAAGCAAUAUAGAAGCUGUUAAAAAGCACUAGGUGACCAAAUAGUUUAGUAAACAAAGUGAAAACUCCUCUAUCCAAUUAUUUUUUAAAACUCUUAUAAUAUUUAAAGCAUCUCCAAAAAUAUGGAAAGGAAGCUACCAGGGGAAUGUAGGUAGACAUGGAUUUACUAUCUAUCUACCUAUUUCUGUCUCUAUAUAGAUCUUUGCAUUCUUACUUCUGCCCCUCACGAUUGUAUCUGAACAUCUUCCAUGUAAAGUUGUUAGCACCUGUGAAGUCCCUAGUGAACUCCAGGGAAUUUGGGGGAUUUACCUACAAAGGAAUGUAUGUGGUCCUCCGAUUUUUUUUAAUGAGCACAAGAAGUCACAACCUAUACUUUAAAUCUUAUCCAAAACACAGCAACUCCUGUGGUACAGUGACCACCAGCCAUCCUAGUUUUCCGUGAUAUAAAAGCCCAAAAUUCUCCAAUAAAAACACACAAAAAUGCACGUUUUUUUCUGUGAUUAAAAUGAAAGCUGACAGCCGGAGCCCCACUGCCUGGGGCUGACAGCCAGAGCCCAGCCGCCCGAGGCUGAAGUGUCAAUUUCCCAUAUUCCUGUGCAUGCACUAGUGGUAUGCGGUUCUAUUGUAUAUGGCUUUUUUUUUCCCCACAAAAUGUAAAAACUAAAUAUUCUUUGUAAAAAUGCAAAUUCCACAUUUUUCCAUGGGAAAUGGAUCCCUCGUGACCAUGAAUACUAUGCUCCAACAUUUAUUCAAUACAAAUUCAGAGGAGAGAGCAGUACCUGCUUAAUCACCAACAUCACUUCCUGCAGCACCUGGAUUUUCCUUUAUACCUAAAGUUAUGCUGUGAUUUUUAGUGCUUUAUGUACCGCAGAUCCUCUCAAGUAGACCUUGAAACAAAUCAAACUGACUGUGAGAUCAUUCCUGGCGGUGUAUAAAAAGCAAGCUUUUCUGAUCCAUUGUAUGUCUGUGUAACCCCUGCAUUAUGUCACUGGUAAACAAAAUACUAGAAUGAAAAUGAGAACAGGUUUCUGUUUCCUUAAAAUGUUAACCCUUUUCA